CUCCGCAGCACACAGCGCUUUCUCUUCGCUCUUUACUCCGUUUUCUCUCCACAUUUCGGCCUCCGCGUCCUCUCCGUCGUCACCAUGAGAAGACCCCGGCUCUUCGCCAUUUUCCUGCUGCUUUUGGCGUCUCAUCUGUGCAGAUCCGAAGCGGCGCGGAGCAGCAGAAACCAGCCUAGCAACAGCUUCAGGCGCGCGGCCAGCGGCGUGUACCAGACCCUCAGCAGCAUCUUCGGAGAGGACAGUAUCAGAGGCCUGUACAAGUUUUUCUCCAAAACCACAGAGCGCUUCGUUCAUGGCGUGGACUCUUUCCUGGACACUCUGUGGAAGAUCUGGUCCGACCUGCUGGACGUCAUGGGCAUCGACUCGUCCAACCUGACCCACUACUUCAGCCCCACGUCCCUGAGCAGCUCCCCGGCCCGCGCGCUCCUCCUCGUGGCGGCGGUGCUGGUGGCGUACUGGUUCCUGUCCAUGUUCCUGGGGGGCUUCUUCUACCUGCUGCACGCCCUGUUCGGACGCUUCUUUUGGGUGGCGCGUGUGGCUCUGUUCGCCCUCUCCUGCCUCUACAUCCUGCAGAAGUUCGAAGGCGACCCGGAGAAGGCGGUGCUGCCCCUGUGCUUCAUCAUGGCCGUGUACUUCAUGACCGGGCCCGUGGGGGCGUACUGGCGCAGGGGCGGGGGUCAGGGGUCGCUCGAGGAGAAGAUCGACCACUUGGAUACGCAGAUCAGACUCCUCAACAUCAGGCUGAGCAGGGUCAUAGACAGUCUGGAGCGGCCCGGCGAGCAGUAGAAGCGAUGCGUAACUACGGAGGUUUUCUGGCGAGGGUCUGCUAUGGAGGUGUUACUGCUCUGACUGAAAUGUUCCACACUAUGGCAUUAAACGCACCUAUGUGAAGGGAUGGACUCUGCCUUUCACUAAAGGUGUUUCCGUUGCGCUGACACACCUUGGGGAAAAAAACAUUGCAAACGUCACAAAUCUGACCCGCAACUUGGCCCGACGUCGUAAUCGGCCCGAUGUUCUUGUCUCCGUGAAAAUAGACAAGUUAAAUGCCAUACUGCGGAGAAUUCCAGGCAAAGCGGUAACAUCUCCGUGGAGACAAGCGCCUGAAAAGUUCCAGGAUGUCCACACAAAUGGGGUUUUAUUUUAAUAAACGACUAAAGUCUCGCUCGGCUUUUUAAACAUGAAGGUGUAAAAACGUUUGUAAGGAAAAUAAGUGCGUGUUUAGUGAGUAGAUUUGCGGAUUAUAUUUUUAAAAGCUUUUCAGUUUUUGCAUUUUUUAAACUUGCUUGGGCCGUUCGCGUUUGAACUGCUCAGCGAACUCGAGAAUCCACGUUUGCGGAGGUCGAAGCUUCAAAGUCCGUUGGGUUUUCACGCGGUGAGACGGACAUUUUGGUUCUCGACGAAAUGAAAAUGGUGGGAAAUCUGAACGUUCACAAUUAGCUACAGACGGCUGAGCUUAAUCUUAGUCUUUUUGUAUCAUGAAAUGGAUUAAUUAAACGGACUAACGGACAGGCCUGUGCUGCCGAUCAAGUAGCCGACGAAAAAGGGGGCGUGGCAAAAGCGCUCAUAAGACUACACCUGCAAGGCCAGUUAAUGCAAAAACAACUAUUUAUGCAGAAAAAAGUCGAUUUAAAUGAGUCAAUUAUGAGCUUUUAACUGUCGUUUUACAUAUAAACACAAAAAAAUGCCAAAUCUUCAGCUCGCUCACACCAAAGCAUUCUUCUUUCUGCUGUUGUUCCGUAUAAAUCCUCAUAAUCUUAAUAAAAUAAUUAUCGUAUUUUCUGGAGUAUAAGUCGCACCAGCCAAAAAAUGCAUAAUAAUGAAGGAAAAAAAACGUAUAUUUCACAUUUAAGUCGCAUCUGAGUAUAAUCCGCACCCCCGGACAAACGAUGGAAAAAAGUGCGACUUAUUGUCCGGAAAAUCCUGUAGUUUGUUAAUACAGAUUUUGAUGGAUUAUGUUUCUAAUGCCACACUCCACUGUUACCAGCAGAGGGCAGACUUGCUCAUCUACUACAGUCAAACGGCCAGUACUAUCCGUUCUUUGGGAAAAUACUUCAACUUUUCUACUUUGCUAACUCUAAAACCGAACCCGAAGUGAAUAUCUCAUUUGUGUGGACAUUUAACUCAUCGAUGAUCGCGCGACCUGCUCUCCUCCUCCUCCUCCUCCUCACCAUUUUAAUCUUAACGAUGAUUCUUCACCAACGCGGAUUUGGCGCUGGGUUUUACCACUAAACGGGACUUUGACCAAUCAGAGAACAGUAUUUUAACUUAAGGAGUUUUUAUUCCAGACAGAAAUGGACUCAUGUUGUAGUUUUGGCUAUUCUAAGAUACUUAAAGGUACACUGUGUAACUUUUCAGGCGGGGGGGGGGGGGGUUACGUCACGUCUCUUGCUUGUCUAAUUAAGAAGACGGCGGCGUUGUUUAGCUCGGAAUGUUCCACGGUAUGGCAUUACGAGUGCGUGUCUUGCGUGUUUUCGACGCCGAGAGGAAAGUCAAACGCUAUAACGCGGAACGUGCCGGGCAAAGUACUGUAAUAACAUUGCCGUGGAGACGAGCAAGCACCAGAAAAGUGACAUAUUGUAGCUUUAUCUCAGCACAGUCCAAACUGCAUAUUUCUGGUGUGUUUUAAACGAUUUAUCAGUGAAAAGAAUUAUGUGUAAAUAGUAUUAAAGGUCCUGUAAAAUGCUGUUUCCUCCUCAAAUACACACCUGGAGUUGUGUUUUGUUUCAUUUUCACAUGUUUGAGUCACACUUUAGUAUUGGUCUGUAACAUCUCCAAAGCUCAAAACGCUCCAUUCCACCUUGUGAUGUCAUCAAGUGGUAGUUUUCAAUUAGUUUAACAGCUCUUUUUACCUUUAGUUCAGUACUUCUAGGAAAUUCCAGGACUGAAAUGAUCCCAAAUGAAAGUGUGUGGAGUUUAAAAACGCAGCGGAGCACUUCCUGUAUUACCACAUGAUGACAUCACAAGGUGGAACAGAGUGUUUUCAGUUUGAGAGAAGGACUCAGCCUAAAUGUGCAGGGUUUGUGCGUUAAACAUGUGUGAAUGAAACGAAACACAACUCCAGGUCUGUUUGCGAUGAGGAAACAUUAGAACAGAUGAGGAAAUGGCGUAAUAAGGGCCUUUAACGGCGUCCGCUCCGUUACGGCGCCGGGUUGACGCCGUUUCCGUCGUCACAUAUGAAGAUGUCAGUUGUGUUUUGGGUCAUGUAUUUAUUCGUUGGGAACAUGUAGAGUAGUUUUACGUCGCGUAGUAACUUAGACGGGAGGACCUCGUGUGAAAGUGAAGUUGAAGUUUGCAAACGUUUCCGCGCCGCAGAUGUAAACAGGGGUGUCCAAACUGAGGCCCAUGAGCCAAACGCGGCCCGCUGUGCUGUUUUCUGGGUCCUCGGGUUUUGUUGAUAUAAAGAGUCUAAAGAUCUUUGAGGAGCGAACAAAUUUGACUUUCAGUGGUUUUAUCUGUCAUGCAGUUCUUUCGUUUCAGGCAGGGUUCAGAACAAGACGAAUUCUCGGCAAAUGCAUUUUUUUUUUAAAUUGUUUUUUUGUUUUUUGUCAUUUUCCUGCCAAAUUCAGCCUUCCUUUGUUUUAGGAGCCGGAAAAGGUUUGGACACCCCUGAUGGUAAAGAUGUAAAAAUCCUAAAAUGUUUUAAAGAGACAGCGAUUUCUCAGGGAAGCAAAAACAACUGGAUUAACAAGAAAAAUAUCACUGUUUUUUAGUUUGAUAUUUGGUGCUUUUCCUUUGACCACUUUUUAUUCCAAAAACGUCACUUUUAUUAUUGUUUUCACUAUAACUGUUCCUUGCACUGCUAAAAAAAAAAAUACUGAUUAUGCCACAUUCCUGAUUUGCACCAGUUUGACCCGAUGUCGUGCACAUUUUAAGAAAAAAAAAUGUAAAAAAAGAAAAGUGAAAUAGUUGAGUAGAACGUCUUAAUAGAUUAAAAUGAUGAUGUUUCUCAUUGUAGUCGUUUUUGUACAAAGGACAGAGAUAGUGACGUGUAGCUUUUUAAGUGAAGUUUAGAUGAAAAAUACGUCUUCAAACGAAAGUGCUUUUUACUAUUAAACAGUUUUGCCAAUUUUAUUAAAGAGCGGGUAUUCCACUUUUGGGAGCUUUCUGUCGAGUUCUGGCGUUGUUCCCUCAUCAAAAACACGCCGGUUUUAGACGUCAUCCAGGCAUGUUUCAGUCAUUAAGCCAAGUACGAUUCUGUGCAAUGCUCCGCCCACAAGCCUACAUCAUCAGUGCUCUGACGGGGGAGUGCGAAUACAUUGGUCCUUCGUUUAUCGUGGGGGUUACAUUUUAAAAAUAACCCGCAAUAGGUGAAAUCUGUGAAGUAUCAGCUUUAUUUUUUACAUUAUUCUCUCUGUUUUUGUCUGUAAAACCCCUCACCACACACUUUAUACACUUUUCUCACACAGGCGUUAACAUUUUCUCACAUUUCUCUCUCGUUUAAACUCUCUCAAAGUUCAAACCUUCGUAGGCGCCAAAUUGCAAACGUACAGCACUUCAGAGUCACACUGAGAUCCAACGUUUAUGUAAAUUUGUCUGAACACAUUCUGUACUGGACAGGAGACACGGCACGGAGGAGACUGAUGGACAAUGGUCUACAGUCCAACAGCCAAUCAGGACGCACGACACAAUGGUCUACAGUCCAACAGCCAAUCAGGACGCACGACACAAUGGGCUACAGUCCAACAGCCAAUCAGGAUGCACAACAUAAUGCACACUCAUACACUGUAAAAAAUAAAUAAGUGUGUAAAAUUGCACCCAAAAAAUCCACGAGACAGCGGAAGGUGAACCACGAUGUAGCGAGGGACGACUGUAGAGCAUUUUCAAAACAAUAAAAGGAAAGUAGUGAUAUAAAUAUGUCAUGUGUUAGGAAUUAAUACCCCACAGAAGUCAAAUACCCGCUCUUAAAGCAACUUUCCACUAUGAAAUACUGUUUGUUUUUUUUAUCCAUAAAAAGCACCUUCCUAACUUUUUAUACUUAAUGAUUGAAUGCAUGCUCAUGUUGUUUCUUUUUUUUACGUUGUCAAAGACUUAAGAGUUUGAGCAGUGAAAAUGUGAUUGGUUAAUUAUUGGUGUUAAAAAUGCACUAAUGGAGCUCAACAGCCCCGCCCACUGGGAAAAAUGAAACAAAAAUGUGUUUUCCAGAACCAUAGACUUUUUUAAAGAUCCGAGCCAUCACUGUUGCGCUCCAUUGUCCUCUUUGUUUUAAGUGUUCUCUUGGUGUUGGUGUGGACUUGAGUUUUUGUCUGUAAAACGCAAUUUUUUUGUUGGACCAAAGAACAAAAUUUUCAAAAUGGUUGUCCUGCUACAAAUCUCUACACGUAAAUUGAUUUGUGUUCAGAAUGUCUUGUUUUGAGAAGUUUCUGUUUGGUUUGGUUUGAUUUUUUUUUUUAUAAUUUCAAAACAGAAAUUGGGGGUGAAAAAACUCAUCAAAUGGGAUUUUUUAAAAAGAAUAAUUUAAACUCGGGUAAAGAGACGACUGUUGGACUUGUACAGGAAAAUAUAACCCAGUUUGAAAUGCCUUUGUACCAAAAUAGCUUGACAAAAGUACUCAAAUUAAAACAGAAAAUUGUAAUUGAAACCCCAUUGAUCUAUGUUUUUAAAGGGCCCAUGUUUUUAAAGGGCCCAUUUUACGCUGCUCACUGGUCUCUGUUCUAAUGUUGUUUCCUCGUCACACACAGACCUGGAGUUGUGUUUUGUUUCAUUCACAUGUUUAACACACAAACCUGCAGAUUUAGGCUGAGUUCUUCUGUCAAACUGAACACACUCUGUUCCACCUUGUGAUGUCAUCGUGUGGUGGAACAGGAAGUGCUCCACUGUGUUUUUAAAGUCCUUCACUAAAAUGAUUUUGAUAAUUUCCUGUCUCUACUAACCAAAAGGUGAAAGGAGGAGUUAACUUGAAAACUCCCACUUGAUGACAUCACAAGGUGGAACAGAGCGUUUUGAGCUUUGUAGAUGUUCCAGACUAAUAAUAAAGUGCGACACAAACAUGUGUGAAUGAAACAAAACACAAGUCCAGGUCUGUUUUUGAGGAGGGAACAUUAGAACAUGGAUUAAACCUCACAAGAGUCAGUUGUGUGUAAUACAGGUCCUUUAAUGAAUGAAUGAGUUUUUAUUUUUGUGUCUCUUCUCAAAGCCGUUGCCUCUUUGUUUACGACUGACUGGACGACUCCAGGUACAUGGUCCUGCUUCUUGAAUGCUCAUGUUAUAUUUGUACUGUAUCCAUGUCACUGUAUUGUAGGAUGUUGCAGUUUUUGAAUGUGCCAUGUUGUAUAGAUUCUGAAUGAUUUAGUCGUGUUUUUCUUCAGACUUUGGGGUGUAGUGAUGACGUAGUUGACAGGAUACACGAGCUGCUGUCUCUUUGUGUGGAACUGAGGCAUGUAUGAAGUGAAAGGUCCAGAUUAAAUCAAGUGGAAACACU